AUGACCUUGGGCCUCAAAGUUCUUGCUGCCGUGGUCACAGUGCUGAGGGUUGUAUUUGCUGGACAAGUCAGCUACAAUGAACAGUACCGACCCCAGUAUCACUUUAGCCCACCGGAAAACUGGAUGAAUGACCCAAAUGGCCUUGUAUAUCACAAUGGUGUCUACCAUCUAUUCUAUCAAUAUAAUCCAGGCGGAAUAACAUGGGGCAACAUGUCAUGGGGGCAUGCAACCAGCUCAGACUUAACCCACUGGAAGCAACAGCCCAUCGCCCUCCUCGCCCGUGGAUUCCCUGACAAUGUCACGGAGAUGUUCUUCUCCGGAUCUGCAGUAGUCGACGCUGAUAAUACCAGUGGCUUCGGCGAGAAUGGCAGGAUCCCUUUGGUUGCCAUGUAUACUUCUAAUUACAUUGUCACACAAACUCUUCCGAGUGGGAAGACAGUCCAAGCAAACCAGCAAGCUCAGUCCAUUGCUUACAGUCUGGAUGACGGCAUGACAUGGACUACGUACGAUGUAGCAAACCCAGUAAUUCUGCAGCCACCUGCUGCAUAUUCGGACCAGAUCCUCAAUUUUCGCGACCCCAACGUAUUCUGGCACAGCCCUACCGAAAAGUGGGUUGUCGUGCUCUCCUUGGCUGAACUUCAUAAAAUUCUGGUUUAUACCUCCGACGAUCUGAAGAACUGGGUUUUCGAGAGCGAGUUCGGUCCCGUGAACGCUAUCGGUGGGGUGUGGGAGUGUCCAAACCUAUUCCCACUCGUUGUUGAUGGGAAAAAGAGCAGCUUGAAAUGGGUUUUAAUGAUCGGACUCAAUCCUGGUGGACCUCCUGGAACAGUCGGCUCGGGUAGUCAGUAUAUUGUGGGUGAUUUCAAUGGAACCACGUUCACCGCGGAUCCUGAUAAUGUAUAUUCUGAAACCACGCCGCCGCCAAGCGACAGCGUCGUUUUUGCUGACUUCGAAGGCACUGGAACAUUUGCUGAUCUGGAUUGGACUCCUACGGGAGACUUGGUCGGUCAAUCACCAGUGAAUGGCACUUUGGCUAACCAACAACCGGUGACUGGUUACUUGGGAAAGCGUCUUGUGAACACGUAUCUAAAUGGGGAUGCCACAACCGGAAAUCUUACCUCUCAAUCGUUCACCAUCUCCAAACGGUAUAUUAACUUCCUCAUUGGCGGUGGACGAGAUUUGGAGAAUACAGCCAUGUACUUGAAAGUGAACGGCCAAACAGUGCGAUCCGCGACAGGAGCCGACAGUGAGAACCUUCUUUGGCAAAGCUGGGAUGUAGGCGCUCUGCAGAAUCAGAAUGCUAUAAUCGAGAUCGUCGAUACCGCAACUGGUGGCUGGGGCCAUAUCCUAGUCGACGAAAUCAGCUUCUCGAACUCGAUCGCGCGAAGUCAAGUGGCUAAUUGGGUUGAUAUGGGUCCAGACUUCUACGCCGCUCAGGGUUAUAAUGGCCUAUCUUCGAACGAGCGAGUUGUCAUUGGGUGGAUGAAUAAUUGGCAGUACGGCCAGACAAUCCCAACUUCCCCAUGGCGCAGCGCCAUGUCGGUUCCCCGCCGGCUCUCGUUGACGACGAUUGGUGGAAAGCCUACUCUGGUACAGAAUCCUACUGAAAAUUGGAAAUCCAUUGUGCCAGCUAAUAGCAUCGUUCAUGACGUCUGGCAUUCGGUGAAUGGCAACAAGUUACUCGGUUCUGUUGGGAAAUCAUUCAGGGUUGACUUGACUUUCUCUGAUCGACCUUCAGCUGCAUCGGGAGCUUCUUCUCAGUUUGGAAUCAUCGUCCGGGCGACUGCGGACUUUUCACAGCAGACGCGAGUAGGCUACGACUUUGCAACCAAGAAUAUGUUCGUUGAUCGAACCCAAUCUGGCGACGUUUCGUUUGAUAGCACAUUCGCAGACAUUUAUUACUCCCCACUCACGGCAAACAAUGGUAAAAUCACAAUGAGUAUUUAUGUAGAUUGGUCCAGUGUUGAGGUCUUUGGUGGCCAAGGAGAAACUACCCUUACCACUCAGAUAUUUCCGGCGGAUAGUGCAACUUACGCUCAGAUAUUCUCGACGGGGGUCGCAACCAAUGAUGUCGACGUUCGCAUCUACAAGGUUUCUUCGACCUGGUAG